GUGUGUGUGUGUCUGGAACCGACGUGCCUUCCGUGAGCCUCAGAGAUCCCUGUAUUCUCUUCAAAUGGGCUGAUUACAACACAGAGGAUGUGGACGGCGGAGUUUUUCCUGUUUGAUGUCACACUGCUACCCUUUAAAAGUCCGAGGGGAAAAAAGGAGGGAAUGCAGCUGAGGAGCCUCGGGCCAGAAACCAGCAAGGAAGAGGAGAAAGAGGCCGGCAGAGUCAGGGAGGCAGGGUCGGGUUUCAGACUCAGCACCGAUCACUCAGAAAGCUGCGAUGCUGGGGGCCCGCCUGGGGCUCUGGGUCUGCACCCUGAGCUGUGCGGUCCAAGCCUAUCCCAACAGCUCCCCGCUGCUGGGCUCCAGCUGGGGCGGCCUGACCCACCUGUACACGGCCACGGCCAGGAACAGCUACCACCUGCAGAUCCACGGAGACGGGCACGUGGAUGGCUCCCCGCAGCAGACCGUCUACAGCGCCCUGAUGAUCAGGUCAGAGGAUGCGGGCUUCGUGGUGAUAACAGGUGUGAUGAGCAGGCGGUACCUCUGCAUGGACUUCACAGGCAACAUUUUUGGAUCCCAUCACUUCAGCCCGGAGAGCUGCCGGUUCCGGCAGCGGACACUGGAGAACGGCUACGACGUGUACCACUCGCCGCAGCACCGCUUCCUCGUCAGCCUGGGCCGGGCCAAGCGCGCCUUCCUGCCGGGGACCAACCCGCCCCCAUACGCGCAGUUCCUGUCGCGCAGGAACGAGAUCCCGCUGCCGCACUUCGCCGCCACCGCGCGGCCCCGGCGCCACACGCGCAGCGCGCACGACGGCGGGGACCCGCUCAGCGUGCUCAAGCCGCGCGCCCGCGCCACGCCCGUGCCCGCCGCCUGCUCCCAGGAGCUGCCCAGCGCCGAGGACUCCGGCCCUGCCGCCAGCGACCCGCUAGGGGUGCUCCGCGGACACCGGCUGGACGUGCGCGCUGGCUCCGCGGGCGCCGAGCGCUGCCGGCCCUUCCCCGGCUUCUCCUAGGGCGCCCGACUUGGGAAAGCCACGUCGUCUCCUGGGGGACAGGUUCCCCUGCCACCCCCAGCAGAGGAAGUGGAGUGGAGUGGCGGCUCCCUCCCCGGGAAGUCCGGCACUCCCUGCUCCAGGGGGAAUCGCCCUUUGAGGCCUGCGGGAUGGAACUCCUCACCCCACCUCUCCACGCACCCCUGGGAGAGGUGUCCCCGCCCACUCUCCUCUUCCCUCUCCUGUCCUCCCCAUCAGUCCAGUCAUUAAGAACAAAGGCUUAGGGACUUCCCUGGUGGCCCAGUGGUUAAAAUUAAGCCGUGCCAACGCAGGGCAUGUGGGUUCGAUCCCUGGUGGAGGAACUGAGAUCCCACAUACCUUGCGGGCCAAAACAAACAAAAUUUAAAAAGCAACAAAGGUUUAAGCAGUUUAUCCCCUCAACACGCCCACCUCUCAGCCAGGGUGGUGAAGGGGAGAGCCCAAGCCAGCCGAUUCUCCACUACCCACUACUUUGUGUCAUCUGCCUGGACCCUGCUUGACCUUGACCCGA